CUUUUUUUCCUUUCUCUAUAUUUGUGUGACUUUUCUUCUUCAUUUUACUCAUGUAAGUUAAGUGUUUGUGUAAAUUCCUCAAAGAGAUAGUAGAAAAAAAAUUGAAGGAUGAGGAUGGUAAGAGCCAUUGAUUCUUCAGAAUGUCCUAGUAUUUGUGGGUUCUUGGUUGUUGAAGCUUAUCCUAAAAGGUACUCUUCCAAGAUCCCUUCUGAUUUAGUCCUUUUCUUGGGUCUUGGAUUCAUAGAUUGGUAAUACUAUACAUUGAAAAAGAUACACAAAUUAUAUUAUAUAGUUCUGUUCUGUUUAUUAGAGGUGAAAAAAAGGGUCAUUUGGGGGAAAUAAAGAUUAUGGGGUUUGCAAGAUUUACUCAGUUUCUCUUACCUGUCUUUGGAGGGUUUAAUGAGAUUCUUGGGUUAGGGUUGAAUAUAGUCUUCAUCUAGUUUUUCUUUUGACUUUUAUGGUAUUUUUAACUAUUUUGUUGUUUGGGUUUUUGAGGGUUUGUAGUUAUGUGAUGAAUAAGUAAAAAGGAUUUGAUGGUGGUGUAAAUGUUGUUGUUGUUGGGAUUAGUAUGAUGGAUGUGUUCCUUGUAAAGAUUGAAUUUUUUUCAAGAAAGUUCAUUUGGGUACUUAAGAAUUGGAGCUAGGAUUAGUAAUAAGAGAGUCCCUAUUUUCAAGGGAAAAAUUUGUGAAAUGGUAGAUACUCUUCUUACAACUCUGUCAAUGGAGAAUCAUCAUCCUUCAACCCUUUUGUCCAUGGAUUCCAGUGCUUCUUCUUCACAUGAUGAAUUAGACCUUGAGAUGAAUCGCCAAGUUGUCAUAACUCGUCCCCCUGAUAUUAAUUUGCCCUUAUCAGCUGACCGUAGCUCGCCUACUCAGCCGUGGAAUGAUAUUCUUGAUGUUGGGUUAGGGACACAGAUCUAUGAAACUGAAACUUUCCUUAGUGUGCCUAAAGUAGGGAGGAAAUGUGCAAAACGUGUAGAUAGCAUCUGGGGUGCUUGGUUUUUCUUUAGUUUCUAUUUUAAGCCUGUUUUAAAUGAGAAAUCUAAGGCUAAGAUGAUCCGGGAUAGUAAUGGAAUUUCCGGGUUUGAUAAAAGUGAUCUCCAGCUUGAUGUUUUCAUGGUUCAACAUGAUAUGGAGAAUAUGUACAUGUGGGUAUUCAAGGAUAGACCUGAGAAUGCAUUGGGUAAGAUGCAGCUACGGAGUUACAUGAAUGGGCAUUCUCGACAAGGAGAACGUCCAUUUCCGUUUAGCGCUGAUAGGGGUUUCAUUCGAUCUCAUAGGAUGCAAAGGAAGCAUUACAGAGGCCUAUCAAAUCCUCAGUGUGUUCAUGGGAUUGAGAUUGUGUCGUCUCCCAAUCUCAUGGUUCUUGAUGAAGAGGAGCGCAAAAGAUGGAAGGAACUCACUGGUAGGGAUGCGAACUUCACUAUCCCACAGGAAGCUAGUGAUUUCAGUACAUGGAGAAAUCUCCCCAACACCGAAUUUGAGCUUGAGAGGCCGCCUCCUCCAAUAAAGAGUAACCCACAUUCCAACUCAAAGAAACUGCUUAAUGGUUCUGGACUUAAUUUGUCAACUCAGCCGUCCAAUCAUAGCAAUGGAGACGCAAUGGAUCUACUACCUGUCAACGGCAAAAGGAAAAAGGACUUCUUCUCAAAUGGAACUGAAGAAGAGUGUUAUCUGCAAGUGAAUCCUCCUUCCUAUCAAAUUCCAGACCUUGAAAUUCACCCAAACGAACCAAAUUGGUUAAAUGAAUUUAGUGGGGUGAUGAGGGAUGCUUAUGGCCCUGUUACAGCUGCGAAAAGUAUCUAUGAAGAUGAAGAAGGUUAUUUGAUCGUAAUCAGCUUGCCAUUUGUAGAUCUUCAAAGAGUGAAAGUUUCAUGGCGGAACACACCCACACAUGGGAUAAUCAAGGUGUCUUGUUUGAGCACAUCUCGGAUCCCGUUCAUCAAGAGACAGAAUAGGACUUUCAAGCUUCAAGUUUCAUCCUCAGAACACUGCCUUCCAGGAGAGUUCGUCCGAGAAAUUCCUCUUCCCGCUAGAAUUCCUGAAGAUGCUAAACUUGAAGCAUAUUAUGAUGAAUCAGGAACGGUGCUUGAGAUAUUGGUGCCAAAAGUUCGCGAUGGUCCAGAAGAAGAACAUGAAGUUCGGGUUUGUCUCCGUCCUCACCUUGUUGGGAAUGACCUGAUGUUGACCUAGACGCGUACUGGGAGAAAUGCAUAGGUGGUUGUUACGGCUGGUGCUUCGUUCAGCACUGACUUUGUAUUAUCUGUAGUGUGGUUUUAACGAAACACACUAAAUGUUGUGGUUGGCAGUUGUUAUCUUGACUAGUUUUUAUUGUAACAGU